AUGGUGCCAUAUGUCAGUAUGCAACAAAAUUUCAAUUUGUCAUCAUUGUUAAAAAUCCAAUUAAUGUCAGGAGUGCUGAUAGAGGAUGGACAGGCAUUUACAAUUCCAAAAACUGAACAUUUGGAGGUCCAUGCCCCAAAGAUUCAGACAGAUAACACACCCCAUCUUACAAUCACAGGACCCAGAACAGUACCACAAUGUGGAGAGUUUUUGUUGAUUAGUCAUCUUUUCACAUCAAAAGGAGGAAAAGUUAACUAUAAGUGGGACAUCAAACGAGCAGAUAAUCAAUGUGUGGAACCUAGUUUUUUUUAUGAAGUUACUGGUCAAACAACACCAUAUGUUCGAGUCUUGGCAGAAAAUUUACAGUUGGGCCUUGAUUACAAAUUUGUUCUUGUUGUAACUUUACCAACACAGAGCUUACUGACAGCAGCACAUACUGUGACUAGAGUAGCAUACAAUGCUCCAAUUGUAUCAGUUUACUCAAGUACACUUUUGCCAGGCAACAUUUUGAAUGUAAAUCAGCAGCUACAGCUGUUUGCUGAGACUUUUUUACCAGAUUGCAUUAAACUUCCAAAACCUAUACGGUUUGCAUGGGCUUUGGAUAAUCCUCAUGUCAGGUUUGACUUUAGCAGGAUUUAUUUUCCUAUUUACAAAGCAGAUCCUUUCACUCUUCCAG